GGAUUGCCGCGGAGCUCCUCCCCCUCCAGCUUGCCGUCGUCACCGCGGCUGCAGGACCCCGGAGCAACUCGGCACCGACAGCCACAACAGCUGGGCUGCAAUCCCCCGCCGCCUUCUCCCCGUGCUGUGCGCAGACCCGCUGCAGCAGCCAGGAGCUCCCCGGCGUUUGGCACGGCGACAGACAUGGCCUCCGACGGCAUGGACGAGCGCUCUCCGCUGCUGUCGGCCCCCAACUCCGAGAACGUGACCCCCACUGCUCUCCCGUACCUGCAGGAUUCAAGUCCCCGAGCCGAACUACCUCCUCCUUACACGGCCAUCGCCAGCCCGGACGCCGGCGGCGUGCCCGUCAUCAACUGCCGCGUCUGCCAGUCCAUCAUCAACCUGGAUGGGAAGCUGCACCAGCACGUCGUCAAGUGCACGGUCUGCAACGAAGCUACGCCCAUCAAGAACCCCCCCACAGGAAAGAAGUAUGUGAGGUGUCCCUGUAACUGCCUGCUCAUCUGUAAAGACACGUCCAGGAGGAUAGGAUGUCCUCGACCAAACUGCAGACGCAUCAUCAACCUGAGCCCGGUGAUGGUCAUCCCCGAGGAGCAACCCGCCCAGCCGGCGCUGCCCAUUCAACCCGAGGGGAUGAGAGUGGUGUGUGGUCACUGUGGAAAUACCUUCCUGGGCAGCGGGGACGCCAGUUCUUCUCAGCCGAUGUCUGGUCUCCCCAGCGAUGGCUCUCCCCCAGCACAGCAAGAGUGGAUGGAGCUUCGAUUUAACACGCUAGCCAAGUGUCCCCACUGCAAAAAAAUAUCGUCUGUUGGCAGUGCUCUCCCCAGGAGGCGCUGUUGUGCUUAUAUAACUGUAGGAAUGAUCUGCAUUUUCAUUGGAGUGGGCUUAACAGUUGGCACUCGGGACUUUGCCAGACGUUACAACGCCACCUACGUGUCCUGGGCGUUUGCCUACCUGCUGGGUCUCAUCUGUCUCGUACGAGCCUGCUACUGGGGGGCGAUCAAAGUCAGCUACCCAGAAAACAGCUUCGCCUAGAGCGGGGAAGGAGCUGAGCACGGCCCAAAGUGCAAACCCCUCUGUUCUUUUUUUAAAAUUUCAUUUCACCCCACCCCAUAUUCUUCCUACGUUAAAGCAGUCCGGUUGUAUAAGUGUAGCGUGUCUGGAGAAGUGUUUGCAGGGGGAUGCGUCUUGUUAAUGUCGGACUGUUUUUGACCCUGCCGCCUGUCCAAAGCUGGCACUCAUUCAAAUCCUGACAAAGACCUGCAAAUAACCAAGAAUCAGAAACUAUUAAAGCUUGAUACUUAAAGGUGAUUGAAAUUAAUACUUGGCGCACACCUUCACUUUUAAAGUUUUGAACUAACUUUGAGAGUUAGUUUUAAAACGGGUUAAAUUUAGCCGUUUUGGACCAGUCUGUGUCAGCGAUGAGCGGGCACUGUCCUCAGUUUAAUAAUCAGAUCCCUCCCAUUUGCACAGAUAUUUUAUGCAAAUAAAAUUGUUUUGCUGCUAGUUCAACUCCAGCUACUGAAAGUUGCACACUCAUACUCUAUUAUAACCACUAUGACAUAGUAUUAUAUUAUUUUGCUGUAUAAAAUGAUUGAUUUUUUAAACAUGAUUGUCACUAUAUACCCAUGCGUGCCAACUUUGCGGCCCAGUAUUAGUCUUCAAAGGUUCUAGAUGAGUAAAUUUUUUUGUUUAAAAAAAAGAAGAAAAAAAAAGAUCUUUUGUUCAGUGCCUGCAGCUUUUAAACCAUAUUUCAACAAUAACCUUUUCUGGACAUUUUCCUAAACAGUCUCGUAAUCCGCUCGACGCUUCUCAAAGAUAACCCCAAAAACAUAGCGUGGCUCACCUGUGCAUGUUGUCUACUUCCCCGUCGCUGAGGCGGUGUCCCGCUCCAUUUCAGAGGGGGGAUCCUGGCUGUGAAGUUCCUGUUUUUGCUCCGCGUUCGAAUGUAAACCCUCCUUCCUCCGCUUAAAUCGCUGCUGUCCGACCUCCAGUGAACUCUGUGCAACAUCCCGUCUCUGUAUCUCCGGCAGCGGGCACAGUUUGAACCUUGUUUUGAAUGUGACGAUGAUGAUGAUGAUGAUGUAGGUAACAUUUAGAAAAUACUUUGUACUUAGUUUGAUUUCAGUAAGAGUGGGUAAAGUCAGGUGGAAGGAAAAGAUGGUUCAUGAGUCUUUUUAACAGAUAAUUUAUCAAUAAAAUGUAAAAACGA